AUGACCAGAAUGCUGGUGGCGGAGAGUCAACCACAGACUGGCCAAGUUGCCAAGCCCCCUUCAGACAUUCCCGAGCCGAUUAUCGAGGCGUACGCCGAGAUAAACGACUUGCCCAUCGGCUAUUGCCGCUACGGUCAUGGUCCAUACGUCUUUCUGUUCAUCUGUGGUGGAGUUGGUCAGCUUUUUACGUUACCUAUUGCAAAACUUUGCAUUUUAAAUAGUCUUAUACUUCAUAUUAUGAAUUUUUACCAUGAAUUUUUAGGCUGUUACAAAAAAGAUUUCCCAGAAAAUGUCCUAAGGGCGUUCGACCCCAACUUUGCCACAAUCAUUUGCUUUGAUCCCCCAGGCUACGGAAAGAGCCGGCCGCCAGACCGUAAGCAGGAAGUUCAACUGAACAAAAAGGACGCCAAAUUUGGGAUUGCUCUUAUGAAAGUGAGUCGAUUAUGUUGAAAAUAGGUUGUUUAAGGAGAAGGUAUCAAAAAUUUCAAGCUGAAAUUUUGAUGACACUAGCAAAAUCAUCAAAAUUUUACUUUUUUAUCGAUGACACCUACAGUGGGGUACCUGAUCCAGUGGCAAAAAACGUACCAUUUUGGAUCCGGGAAGUAUUAGAAAUGUAGCAAAAUACCUCCCUCUCCAAGCGAAAAAACUCCGAUUUCAAAAGCGCUUUUUGCGAGGGAAGGGGCGCUCAUUUCAAAACGGAGUUUUUUUUUAUUGUAGCGAGAGGUACUUUGCCACAUUUUUGAUACUUCCCUGAUGCAAAAUCGUACGUUUUUUGCCAAUUGACCAGCACCCUCCCUCACUGUACUUACUAAGCCUCUAUUCUUCUCAUUUCAGCACCUAAACCUUGUUCCCUUCUCCUGCCUCGGCUGGAGUGAAGGCGGCCGAACAGCCAUUCACCUCGCGCAGUUGGCGCCCCGCGAAUGCAACAGUGUAAUCCUAUUAUCGACGAGCACUCAGAUCGACUUCCGCGGCGAUAUGGCGUUCAAGGGGAUGCGGAAUACCGACCAAUGGCUGCCCAACGCCAAAGAAACCUACCUUGCCCAUUACUCGGAGGAAUUCCUUCGGGAACAGUGGGCCGCGCUAUGCGAUCUGGUCUCAACGUAAGUUGAAUACAGUGACGGACCUGGUCCAAUGGCAAAAAACGUAUCAUUUUGCAGGCGGGAAGUGCCAAAAAUGUGGCAAAAUGCCUCCAUCUCCAACUGAAAAAAGUUCGUUUUGAUUGGAGAGGGAGGUAUUUUGCUACAUUUUUACACUUCCUGGAUGCAAAAUGAUACGUUUUUUGGCACUGGAUCAGGUCCCCCACUCUAAUGUAAAUUUAUUAUUUCUUUUUUUUAUUUAAAAAUUGUAAUUUUUUGAUGAUUCCAGAGUCUACAAAGAUUUGGGAGGGCGCUUCCCAUCGGACAUGAUCCUCAGUCAAGUAAAGCAGCCAGUCCUGAUUGUCAACGGGGGAACCGACCGAUUUAUUCUCGAUCCAAAACACAUGACCGACAAAUUGCAGAAUGCAAGGUAAGUGCAACUUUUUACAAUGAUCUAACCACGAACUCUGUUGAUCUUUAGGAACGACUGGUUCUUUAAAAGUGCAAACGGAUUGUUGGUUACGGAAAAAUUAGUAGAUUUUUUUAAAGUGAAGGAACCACAUGUGUAAAUUUUCAGUUUCGUCGAGAAUUUAGGCCUUAUUUUAACGGAGAGCGCAACAUUAAAAAAUAUGGAAAGUCAUCCUCAUUGACAGACUCUCUUCAUUUAAACAAUCUCUCGAAAAAAGUAUUGGGGAACUUCUUUGCUCAGCUUGACAACCGAAAGCUAAGAUUUUCCGAGAUUAAAAUUGACAUAGAUCACAAAAAUUUUGCUAGCGAACUUUAAAGAAAACCGCAACGCCACGCUUAAAGCCCCUUUUCUGAAAAAAGAGUAUGCAAUUUUAAUUUUUAAUACAGUGGGGACCGGAUCCAGUGGCAAAAAACGUACCGUUUUGCAUCCGGAAACUUUCAAAAAUGUGGCAAAAUGCCUCGCUCUUUUUGUGAGGGCCCUUCAAAUCGGAGUUUUUUCACUUGAAGAGGGAAGCAUUUUGCCACAUUUUUGAUACUUCCCGGAAUUAUAUUUGUCGUGCUUGCGAUCUAAAAAGCCGUAUGAAACAUACAGUGGCGGACCUGAUCCAGUGUCAAAAAAAGUGCCAUUUUGCGUCCGGGAGGAAUAAAAAACAUGGCAAAAUACCUCCCUUCCCAAGUGCAAAAACUCCGAUUUCAAAAGCGCGUCCGCUCUUUUUGUGAGGUCUCUUCAAAAAGAAGUUUUUUUCACUUGGAGAUGGAAGCAUUUUGCCACAUUUUUAAUACCUCCCGGAUGCAAAAUGAUACAUUUCUGCCACUGGAUCAGGCCCCCACUGUAGAUUGUUAGAUCUGUAAAAUCGGACGUUCUUUUCCUUAGUAUUCAAACUUUCAGAGUGGAAGUGCACGCCCAAGGCGGUCAUGAUCUUCACAUCAAAUACCCUCGCUGGUUCGCCAUCAAACUCACGCAAUUCGUUCGGGAGAACACCCAGAAGAAGCUGCACAAGUAA